AUGGUCCCUCAUACUGAGAACAAGGUUCCUCACUCUGAGAACAAGGUUCCUCACUCUGAGGACAAGGUUACUCACUCUGAGGGCAAGGUUCCUCACACUGAAGACAAGUUUCCUCACUCUGAGGACAAGGAUCUUCACUCUGAGGACAAGGUCCUCACUCGGAGGACAAGAUACUCACUCUGAGGUCAAGGUUCCGCCCUCUGAAGGCACGUUCCUCAGACUGAGAACAAGGUUCCUCACUCUGAGGACAAGGUUUCUCACUCUGAGGAGGAGGUUCCUCACUCUGAGAAGAAGCUUCAUGACUCUGAGGACAAGGUUCCUCAUUAUGACGACAAGGUUACUCACCAUGAGGAAAUGGUUCCUCACACUGAGGACAAGGCUCCUCACUCUGAGGACAAGGUUCCUCACUCUGAGGACAAGGUUCUUCACUCUGAGGACAAGGUUCCUCACCCUGAGGACAAGGGUCCGCCUUCUGAAGGCAGGUUCCUCACACUGAGGACAAGAUUCCAGAUUCUGAGGACUAGGCUCCUCAUUCUGAGGACAAGUUUCCACACACUGAGGACAGGGUUCCUCACUCUGAGGACAAGGUUUCUCAUUCUGAGGACAAGGUUCCUCACACAGAGGACAAUGUUCCUCACUGUGAGCACAAGGUUCUUCACACUGGGCACAAGGGUCCGCACUCUGACAACAAGGUUCCUCACUCUGAGGACAAGGUUCCUCACUCGGAGGACAAGGUUCCUCACACUGAGGACAAGCCUCCUCACUCUGAGGACAAGGCUCCUCACUCUGAGGACAAGGUUCCUCACAAUGAGGACAAGUUUCCUCGUUCUGAGGACAAGUUUCCUCACUCUGAGGACAAGGUUGCUCACACUGAGGACAAGGUUCCUAACUCUGAAGACAAGGUACCUCACUCUGAGGACGAUGUUCCUCACUCUUAGGACAAGGUUCUUCUCACGGAGGACUAGGUCCCUCACUCUGAAGACAAGGUUCCUCACACUGAGGACAAGGUUCCUGACUCUGAGGACAAGGCUCCUCACUCUGAAGGCAGAUUGCUCACACUGAGAACAAGGUUCCUCAAUCUGAGGAUAAGAGUCCUCAGUCUGAGGGCAAGCUUCCUCACACUGAAAACAAGGUUCGUCUCCCUGAGGACAAGGCUCCUUACUCUGAGGAAAAGGUUCUUCACACUGAGGACAAGGGUCCGCACUCUGACAACAAGGUUCCUCACUCUGAGGACAAGGUUCCUCACUCUGAGGACAAGGUUCCUCAGUCUGAGAAAAACGUUCCUCACACUGAGGACAAGGCUCCUCACUCUGAGGACAAGGCUCCUCACUCUGAGGACAAGGUUCCUCACUCUGAGGAGAAGGUUCCUCGUUAUGAGAACAAGGUUCCUCACUCUGAGGACAAGGUGCAUCACACUGAGGACAAGGUUCCUCACUCUGAGGACAAGGUUCUUCACACUGAGGACAACGUUACACACUUUGAGAACAAGAUUCCUCACUCUGAGGACAAGGUUCCUCAAUCUGAGGCCAAGAUUCUUCACACUGAGGACAAGUUUCCUCACUCUGAGGACAAGGAUCUUCACUCUGAGGACAAGGUCCUCACUCUGAGGACAAGGUCCUCACUCUGA